GCAUGGCGAUAUGAUUUAUGAUGCAUUAAAUAUCAGAGCAUUUAUGAUUUGGCUCGCGUUUUCUCAAUUCUUAUUCGCUCGUGCAUAUGCAAAACUUUCUCGUUUGUUACUGACGACGGCGGUAGUAGAGAAAUAUAUCAACAGCUCCGUACCAUACUCAAAUGGUAACGUCCCCUAGCAAUCGUGACUUUCAUUUGCCCAUCUACGCAAGCACUCCACAGCAGUUCAAGCCUUCCGUGAGCACGUUUAUCUCGAUCUCAACAUAUCGCUCGAAGUCUUCGGAUACAUAUUACAUUCCGUCAUCCCCUCUCGCAUUACCCAGGUACAUAAAUUCCCACCCCCUCAAAA